GAGAGAGAGAGAGAGAGAUAUUAUAAACUCAAAGACUAACCAUAUUCCCUUGUCCACAUAGAGAGGUUCAAUCGCAAAAGACUUCUCUCCAAGGUAAUGUGCAAUUGCUCUUCUUCCUUGUACCUUUCUCUACCCGUCCUCAAUGCUCGACUGGUGGUGAAACCCAAUUCAGAGAAUUGUAGAUGGAGUCUCAGACGGAGGAGUCACGACGUCUCAGUCCUCAAAAUUGAUACUUUAUCAUCGUCAAGAAGAGGAGCUUCAUGUUCGGAUAAGUCUGCGUUUCUCGGGCAAUUCAGCUUUGUAGAGAAAUCGAGUGAUACCAAUUUCGUGUCUUGUUUGCGUUCAUCGUCACUACCUAAUGAAGAAGAUCAAACUGUGGGAAGUGAUACCGCAGAAUUACCACGAGAGAGUGAUUUGAUUCGACUAGUUGAUGGAAACGAUCUGAGUAACAAUACAAUUGCGUCGAGAGGAUUUAAACAGACGACGGCGAGAUCGAAUCUUGUUGCUAAGCAAGUUGUUAGUAUUCAGUCAGCUCUGAGUUUAGGAUUUAUCUCUCAGCUCUGGGUUGACACUGCUUCUUGGUUGGUUUUGGUGGUUGAUAUCAAACCAAGUUUGCUAUCUGGAGAAUCUGACAGAUUCCUGCUCAAAGACAUUACCAGGGUGGGUGAUGUUGUGCUUGUAAACGACGAGACUGUAUUGGAUACUGAAUUCAAGAUGGUUGGACUUGAAACACUGGUAGGUUACAGAGUAGUGACACAAGGAGGCCGAAACGUUGGAAAGGUUCGAGGUUACUCAUUCAACAUUAACUCAGGAAUAGUUGAAUCGCUUGAGCUCGAUUCCUUCGGGCUAACCAUCAUACCGUCAAGCCUGGUGAGUACAUACAGAUUAGAUGUCGAGGACAUAAUCGAGGUCUUACAAGACAUAGUUGUGGUUCACGAAGCUGCAGCCUCUAGAAAACAGAGGUUGACUAAGGGACUCUGGGGUACUCAGUUUGGUAGUGAAUACUCUGAUGAUGAAGAGCUUGAAGGUUCAUCCUAUAGAAGACGGCGAAGGAGAAACAAUAGAUCCAGUAGGAAAAGAAGAGAUUUAGAUGAUGAAGAAUGGGACAUAUUCCGCUAGAAGUUAUGAAUCUAUCUAUUGUUUUUCAUUCAUCUUAACAUAUGUCUUCCGCAGUGUCUGAUAGAGAAAAUGAAUAUAAGAUUAUUCAAACAUGACUUUGUUGUCGCAGUGCUAUACAUGUCUAAUGCGAUGACUUGUUACAUGUCAUGUUCAUUCAAACAGGUCAUGUUCACAAUGCUGCUAUACAGUAUACAUGUUUAGUGACUUGUUCCUCCGUAUCUGAUAAAGAACAUAUAAACCCUCUGUUUUCAGCAGUCUCUUUCUUU